AUCACACACACAUCACCAGUGCCUUUGUGUGUUUGUUUUAUUGAUUAUAAUCAAAAAUUUUGUCCCAAACACAUUAUGUGAUCAUAGUGAGCGCAUUGUGGAUAAAGAUCCAGAUCUGUUCAAUACGACAAUCGCAAGAAACUUGGAUACCCCUGCAGAAUUUGACAAUUAUGACAAAGCGUGGAAUUGAUGAUUUAUCAUUCAACAGUGGUAAUGUAACUGUUGUACAAUCAUCGAUGUCAUCAACAACUACAGAAACAAUGAAUUCGACACCAGCGAAUUCAUCGGCCAUUCCGGUAAAAGUGGAAGACCGUGAUUCCAAAUCUAUCGAAAAAAGCCUUGAUUACUUAAAUGGUAAUGGUAGUAAUGGUUCGACAAUUCAUUUGGAAUCAUCAUCUGGAGCAAUGCAUCAAAAUCAUCAUAGUAAUAAUAAGAAAUUUAAAUCUUCCUUGGAAUCAUCAGCUGGUAUUUUGCCAGCAUCGGGCAAAUCUCGUGUUGUUCAUAUUCGUAACAUACCAGCUGAAACUUCCGCACAGGAAUUGAUAAUUCUGGCAUCACCGUUUGGUAAGGUUACCAAUUAUCUCUUCGUACGAAGUAAAUGUCAGGCGUUCGUUGAGUUUGAGUCUCAUUUUUCGGCUAUGCAAAUGGCUGCUUAUUGGAUUCAGACCACAAUUGGCGGUAUACCUACUCAUGUUCAACCUACCAUCAAAGGUCGACACGUACAUGUUCAAGUAUCAAACCAUAAAGAAUUACGGACACAUGAGCAAAACAAUGGUGCUAAUAAUGGAUUGCCUUCCUCAUUCUCUAAUGGAAUGGCUGAUAGCUAUGCAGGAUUGAUGGCUGAGGCCAUUGAUCAACAGCAAGCCGACGUUAGUCUUACACCUUCGCCUGUAAUCCGGGUGAUCAUCGAGAAUCAAAUCUAUCCGAUCACAUUAGAUGGUCUAUAUCAAGCAUUUUCUCGUCUUGGUGGUAAAGUGCUCCGUAUCUUGACGUUUCAGAAAAAUCAACAAUUACAAGCAUUAGUACAAUUUGGCGAUCUAGCCACAGCCAUCCAGGCAAAAACAAGCUAUGAUGGCCAAUCUUGUUAUCCAGGUUCUUCUGUCGGUUUCAACGUGAUGCGCAUCGAAUAUUCCAUUCUACAGAAUCUGAUUGUCAAAUGUAAUAAUGACAGAUCUCGUGAUUAUACAACGAGUACUACGAAUGGUAAUGGUAUUUCUUUAAUAAAUGGACAAUGUGCUACCACAGCGAUCAAUGGCUCAACAGGUCAAUCGGUCUCGACAUCAAACAGCAAUUCCGCCGUCACGAAUCAUCUCACAGAUCCUACCGAAAUGGCCGCAAGUCUAUUUAAUCUGACUGCUGGUGCUGCUGCUUUAUCAGCCAACAAUUUCAGUUCACUAACUCCUUUGGGUGGAGGGGGGCUUACGACCAAUGGACAUCACCGUCAUCAUGCCACCAAUUCAGCGGCCAGUAUUAUUUUGAAUCAGCAACAGAAUGCCUAUCUGGCCGGUCAUCCUUACACAUCAUUGCAACAAGCCAUAUUGGCUAAUUGUGGUGCACCAUCAUUGGCCGCCAUUAAUCCAACAUCAACAGCUAAUGCGGCUGCAGCAGCGGCCAUGUUUGCCGCUGGUUUACCUGCUGCUGCUGCUAAUUUGGUAUUCACUUCCGUAAUUCACGUUUCCGGCUUGAAUCCAGAGCACGUCACUCCCGAUGCUUUAUUUACUUUGUUCGGUGUUUAUGGUGACGUGAUACGAGUCAAAAUCCUUUUCAACAAAAAAGAUACAGCAUUGAUACAGAUGGCCGAACCAAAUCAGGCACAGAAUGCCAUUUCUUAUCUGGAUCGAACUCGUUUGUUUGGUAAGACCAUCCAUGUGAUGAGCUCCAAACAUCAAAUGGUGCAGAUGCCCAAGGAAGGACAUCAGGACUCUGGAUUGACCAAAGAUUACGCGAAUUCACCUUUACAUCGUUUCAAGCGCCCCGGAUCGAAGAAUUACAAUAAUAUCUACCCACCUUCAGAGACAUUGCACGUUUCUAAUAUCCCACCCACAUGUUCGGAGGAUGAUCUUCGUAGAUCAUUUCAACAGGAAACGGGCAAGCAAAUACAAAAAUUUAAAUUCUUUCCCAACGACCAUCGAAUGGCAUUGAUACAAUUCGACAGUAUUGAAGACGCCGUCCUCUCAUUGAUUAAAAUGCACAACUUCAAAGUCGCCGAACAUUCACAUCUUCGAGUUUCAUUUUCGAAAUCACCUGUUUGAGCAUAAACGAGCAGGAUUUCGCUUUCAUUAUUGAAUUCGACUUGCUCAACUUUAUUUAAUGAUCAUGUUUAAAAGUAUUCCAAUUUCAACUUCUUUAAACCCAUCAAAUUAUGUUCCAAUUCAAACGAAAUAUGUUGCCUUGUUCUUGGUCCAUCCAUGAAUCGAUUCUUCAAUUGUGAAUUCACUAUGAAUCAUUCCAACACAUCAAAUUCACAUAAAACACAAUCGUUGAGCUUGCAAUUUGGUGCCUUAGCACAGAUUUCUUUUAUUAUUAUAAUGAACAGACCAAAAAGCCAACCACAACGCAAAUAAUAAAUGCCAGGAGUAUUGUCCAUUGGUUCAUAUUUUUUCAUCAUCAUCUUCACAUUCAUUCAUUCAUUCAUUUAUUUGCCUAUCAUAAGAUUAUUUUUAUUUUUUUAUCAUUGUAUUGGAAAAUCAUCGCUUAUUCAUCAUAUUUUGCCUUGUUUUGACCAAAAAGAUCGAUCAUUAAUUAGCCAAAAAAAACGUGGUCCAACCAAAAUUGCUGAAAUUAGUCUUCCUUUUAUUUUUUUUCGCCGCUUUACCGUUUGAUCGGGCCAAUUCAUCCGUCCAUUUUUUAAAAUUAAAAAAUUAAUCGUUACAUUCCAAUCAAAUGAAUAUAAUAAAAUUAAUAUCUCACACACACACACAUACACACACAAUGACACACACGUUAAUUGUAUAUGAAUAAACGAAUUUUUCUUUAUCAUUAUCA